GAUAAAGCACUACUUCGCGGAUAAAACGAGAUUUUUGCGCGCACAAGCAAACGCAACAAAAAUAAUUGAAAUAAAAAAAUAAUUAAAGUGCACAAAAGCAACUAUUGUUUGAAAAGUAGUUAAGAAAGAAAUUAUGUAAAAGGCAACGCGCUAAAAAUUGUGGCGUUUAAGGCAAACGCAUGGCAAUAAAUUAAUGCAAAAGCGAAAAAUUAGUUUUCAUUUUGUAUGAAAGUGAAUUGGCAAAAGUGUAUAUCUGUGUGCGCAAUUAGCAACAUUAGCAACUGGUUAUUGCUGUCGUUUUUGCUGCGCCGUCAACGUUGCCGCCGACUCAACCGCCGAGUAAUGCAAACAACGGCUUCCGUUUAACCUUAAUUCGCAGCGUCCAACACCAACUGAGUGUCUAAAUCCUUCUCAAUAAUGAAUGAUUAAGUGAAAAACCUUUAAAGGUAUUAACUUAGAAUAAAAAGUGACUUGUGAAACACAAAAAAUAAGUAAACUUAAUAAAACAACAUUACAAAAAAUAAUCAAUAUAUAACAAAAAUGGGCGACUACGCGCCUUUUGUGUGCUGACACUUUCGAGAAAUCAUUAUUAAACUUAUUGCGGCACCCAUUAAAACACAAAUAUACACCCUGUAAAUCGAGCUAUCAACCCAGCGUUGGCAAAAUGGAGUAUCUGCUGUUAAACGCUUUCGAACAAAACUACUACAACCACAUCAAGCAAUUUGAGCGCGUCGCCAAUGCUGCCGCGGCAGCUACAGCGGCCGCGCAGAACACGCUAGCGGCGCGCAACCACACAGCCCUCAUGUCCACCAACAACAACAACACUGCAAGCGCGUUAUCCGCAACCUCCUCUAACUCACCAUCGACCUCCUCCUCCGCGGCCUCAUCUCUAUCCUCUUCACCAGCAUCAGCUGUGGGCAGCAACGGCACAGCAGCGCUGCCUACCGGCAGCCCAACGGCGAGCACGCAUAGCAACCCCUACACAGCACAGACGAGCCUAGCGCAUGGUAAAGAUACAGCAACGGCAACAACGAAUGGACAUAAAGGUACGCAAAAGCAUGCUCCUGCGACGGCGCUGCAAGCACAACCGCUUUCCGCUCGACAAAUGCCACAUUUCACCGCGGCACAAGCAGCCGCCGCUAUGGCCGCGCAGUAUCACCUGCAACAUUUGCAGCAUGAGCAGCAGCAACAUUUGGCACAACAGCAACAACAGUUUGCGCUUAACCGCGCGAGCACGCAGCAUGCGAAAGCGACAACAACAACAGCAACAGCGCAGGCAUCGCCAUCAUCAAGCGGAGCAGCGGCGCAUAUGCAUCUGCCGCAUGUAUCAGCGCUGCCACUAACGCUUCCACCACCGACGUCGCAUCUGCAACAACAGCACCAUCACCACAAUCAGGCGGAACAGGCGCAUGCGCAAUUGUGGCACGCGCGCGAUCAGCAAAACAAUUCGAAUGUGGCAAAUAGUUUGUUUUGGCAACCAUGGCGUGAACUACACCAUCAUUUAUACCAACAACAACAGCAACAGCUGCAAAAAGAGGCGCGCAUUUCUUCAAAGGAACUGCCGACCGCGCGCUGGCGCCGUGAGCGACGCUCGCGUGCUUGUGAAUACCCCAUUAUAGGCAGUGGCGUUGCAACUGCUGCCAGCAGCGUCUCAACCUCAAGCAGCCUGUCACCUGCGGGCACACCACCGCCGGGUGUCUGCGCUGGCGGCCUACCAUCGCCGGUGAGCGCGCAUCAUCAUGUAACGGGCGCGCUGCACAGCGGGGUGCCGCCACCAAUGUCCAUUAUGAUGGCCGCGGCGAUGCGUCCGCUUUGUGAAUCCACCAAUCGUCCAACUCCACCGCCUUCGAACUCCUCAGCGGCUGCUGCGGCUUAUCAUCAUCAAAGCGGUAUGGAGAGUCCCAUUGAUAUGUCGGUGUCAUCGUCAACAUUGAAGCAUCGCUCCUCACCGCCACCGCCGUAUCGCGCGCCUCUACCAGGCUCCACAUAUGCCAGCGCGCUCGCACGUCCCAGCGUUAUUACACAAGCGCCAUCGAAACGAGAACGCGAAAGUGAGCGCGAACUGUUGGCUAAUCGCGAAAAUGAUAAUCGCAGCAAUGAAUCCAUUUCGACUUGCGACACGGUCAUCGAUGAGCAUUUUCGGCGCUCACUGGGUCCCAAUUAUGCCGCACUCUUUGGCAAAAAAUCACCCGGUCCAGGAACACCAUCGCUACAGCCGAACGCAGUCGCCAUGACAACAACAGCGGUCAUCAAUACGCCCACACCCACGCCACCACCAACGCAGCCGCCGUUGGCAUUAUCCUCAUCGUCAUCGUCACUGCCACAGCUGCAGCCGCAGGCACUGGUUGUGGCACACGGCUCAACACCAGCCGCAUUGCCACCAUACCAUGCAACUGUCGUCGCACCACAAGCACUCAUCUCACCAAAGCCAGCAGCGGUGUUACUUUCCCCGGCCGCCAUUUACGCGGCUGCAGCUGCUGCUGCACCUCCGCCUCCACAAAUUGAUGCCCCAUCGCCGCAUCAUGUGGAGCAUGUGAUGGCUGUCGAUUUGACGCCACCACAACAGCAACCGUUGGCUUUGUCCACAACGCAACGCAACAAUACACCGCAACCAACAACACCAAAUGGUGAUGUUGGUGGUCCAACCACGUGUUCAUUGCCGUUGUCACCAACCAACGCCUUACAAACAUCACCGCCACCACCAGCAUUCCCCGCGGCCACACUGCGCGGCCAGACAUCAAUGGAAGCUCACUCAAUGGAAGCAAGUAGCUCGCGCUCACCAGUGGCAACGCCGCAACACUCACCAAAUUUUCUAACGGCAACGCCAACAAUGGUGUCCUCUUCGACGCCCCCAACAACUACACACACAGCAACAGCAACCGCUGGCUCUGCAACGCCGCCACCCAUAAUGCCGGCGAUUAUGCGCAUCAAAACGGAACCGGGACUGACGGCAACAAACACGCCGCCAGCUUCACCAACCUCGACCUCAUCGCCCACCAGCAUUACAGAGGUGACUGCUUCCGUGGAUGAUCACUUUGCCAAAGCGCUGGGUGACACUUGGAAGAAGUUGCAGGAGAACAAGGAGGUGCGCAAGUGAAAUAUAAGGUGCCGCAGGAGGCGACAAAGGUUUGAAUACGUAAAUGAAGAGUGAGAAGGUGAGGGCGUUGCAGGUGUGUCAGAGCAUGCCAGUAAAAGAGGUGACUACAUGUGAAAAAGGAAAGUAAAGGAAUUAAUGAAAAUAUUAAAAAAAAAAACGAUUGUAAUGUUGUCUACAACAACUAUUAAUUAUAUUUAAUAGGAGAAAAGAACAAAUAAAAUUUAUAGACAGAUAAUAGAAACACUGGAGUUACAACUCUACAAUACUCUACAGCGAAAAAUGCCCAAGCGUAAAAGUGAAAAUGUAUUAGGUCCUUUGAAAAAGUCUUCUAAACUAACAUAUAACAAUAAAAAAAAUGCGCUCUCAGCAUAGACUAUAAAGAUAGUUUCUUUGCUCUGGUAGUUUGGAAAUUAUAAGCAAAAGUUUAAAUUCAUAAAAAUAUUCAAAAAUAACGUAUAUUUACAAGCAAUUAAAAUAAAUAUAUUAAAAUAAAAAAUUACUGAUAAAAGCUUGUGGAAAUUCUAAAACAAAGAGUACAUCAUGACAAACUCUAAGCUGCACUUACCAUUAUUUUGAGUGCAUAUAAGAAAUUUAAACAAAUAGCAUCACAAGAACGACGUAUUUUCUUUAGCCCAUAUUUUUAAUCGUUCCAAGUAAAUGCUUUAAUCUACAACGGAAAUGAUUCGUUCAAUUUCUUAAGUAUUAGAGGAGCAUAGGAAUGCUUGUUGGAUAAACCAUAUGUUUCCUAUUUUUUCAUCUUCUCAUCAAAAUUAAUAGUUAUUAAAGAGUAAACAAAACCGGCUGAAAUUUGUUUGAAUGUCAGGUACAAAUGCAAUACCAAAAUUGACAGCAAAACAUUUCAUUUAAAAUAUUUUUCAGAAAUAUUAAAAUCAAUUAAUAUCAAUUAAUAUUUCUUACCUUUUUUUAAUUUUUCUUCUUUGUGUAAAUUAUUCCCAAUUUUCUCUAACUGCGUUUGCAAAUGUCAUGCGUAUGCGUUGCGUAUUUGUUCUGCAGCUUGCUUGCAUUGGUAUUAAAUUGAACAUCUAUUGAUUUCUAUAUUAGAAUCUGUUACAAAAUAACAUUUACUGUAUAAAUAAAAAGAGCGGAAAUUAAUACACAUCAAUAAAUUCAUAUAUGUGCAUAUGUAUAUUUUUAGAAUUAUUUCGAAAACUGAAGCUCUUUUAAGUAAUUAUAAAAAUAUAAUUUUCUUUAAUUAAUGCAAUAUUGGCAGAUGAUUUGAAUUAGUUGUAUUUAGAUGCUACUGAUGUAAAGUUAGCAAGUACCAUGACGCAGGGCUAAGUUCAGAUGUAACGGAAAAUUUCAUACUUUUGCAACUUGCAGGAAUCAAAGCCAGGGAACUACCUUAAGCUGCAGAACCUUAUGGUAGUUCCUCUGGCAUCAACCAGAUCAAUUUGAUAUAUACAUUGUGAGUAAAACCGUAACUAAAAAGUCACCCGGAAGUUCGAAAAUCUUUUUAUUAGGUAUGUAGGGGCUCUGGCAGGUAUUAAUGCGAUUCAAUCCAUUUGAAGUACACAAACAUACUACUGAAUUUUAAUUAUCAAUCUGAACAUUGGCCAAUAUUUUCGGUAAAAAGUCAACUAUAAGUACUGGGGUCCAAAUAUUCAGUACCUAGAGGAAUAUGAAAUAUGUGUUUCACCUAAUCCAUUUGACGAACUGAUCCAAUUUUGACCCCGUCAAUUUCAUAUUUUAAUUUAGUGCUUAGUUAUUGCAUUUUACAAGUCUCCGAUUAAUGGCGUUUUGUGGGCGUGGCAGUGGUACGGUUACAGCCAUCUCACGUCCUCACGUCUUUUCCAAGGACCAUGUGCACUAAAUUUCAUUGAAAUAUCUCAAGUUACAAUUUGCACAGACAGACAAAUAGACCAACGGACAGACAGUAACUCGGAAUUCAACUCGUCUCGUCAUCCUGAUCAUUUAUAUAUUGUAUAUAUAUCCAUAUAUCUAUCUCGAUUAUAACCAGGUAAUUCAUAUAGGUGAACAACAUUUAACUCUGUACCAACAUGUUGCAAGAGUAUAAGAAUACAUAAACAAGAACAGUAAAAAAAAACUUUGACAUUUUAUGAGGAGCGUAUCGUUUACUUUAUUUUUUUAUUACAUUAUACCGUGGAUUUAAUUUAUUAACCAAACACAAGCAGAUACAAUAUCAGCAUUAUAACAGCGAGAUUUUUCAAAAAUUCAAUUCAAAAUUGUUGUUAAUGCAAACAAAUUUAUUUUUCCAGCAGUACCAAUAGAAGUGUGCGGUUAAUUAACCAUUAUAUAAGUUAUAACAAAUUAGUGAGAGUGCUUAGUGAAAUCGUCUGUUAGAUGCAUAUGUGUCUUUUUAGCAAUUCUUAUGCACUGUUUUAAAGUAGUAGCAACUGCACGGUACCAAACGUAAAUAUUUAUUGAUUAUGUAGCUACUUCAUUCAACUAAGGAGAAAUAUUUAAAACAUUGUUUUUUACAUUUUAAUAACGUCUUGCAUUUUCGGAUUUGUUUAAAAAUAUGGAUGAUUGUUAAUUGUAUGCAUAUUCUAUAUUUCUUAUAUCAUAAAAAUGAAACCACUUAGAGAAAAAAAUAGUAUUCAGCAUAUA